UCACUAAGCAGUUAGUUGGGCAUCCAACAACCAUCGAACGAGCUCUGUUAACUAUACCGCGCAGCUUCACGGUUUCUUCACGGAAGAAGCCUCCCUCUCUGCCUCGCUUUGUGUAUUAUUACACUCUUUGCUCGCUAUCUUUAGUCGAAGUCGGACAUAUCAUUAGUGAACAGUUUUACUGCUUGAAGGAGAGAAAACGUUGGGACAAGCUGAAUAGAAGGAGCGGGCGGAAAGGAUCGAGAGAGAGAGAGAGAUAUAAAGAGGUCACCGUGCCCUGUCUGCAUUUUGCUCUCACCACGCCAUGAAGAUGCAGAGAAUAUCCGAGGUGGUGCUGCUGAUGGCCGGGGUUGCAGUGGGGCUGUGUGCCUGUCACACAGUGAAAGUGAACAAACACAAGCCAUGGAUUGAGACAUCGUACCAUGGGGUAAUCACAGAGAACAUGGAUAUCGUCCUACUGGACCCUCCCCUGGUGGCCCUGGACAAAGACGCCCCCGUGCCCUAUGCAGGGGAGAUCUGUGCGUUUAAGAUACAUGGUCUGGAGGCUCCGUUCGAGGCAGUGGUGCUGAAUGGGACAUCUGGUGAGGGCCAGCUGAGAGCCAGAGGCCCGGUGGACUGUGAGCUGCAAAAGGAGUAUACCUUUAUCAUCCAGGCCCAUGACUGUGGAGCAGGACCUGGAGGCACCGGGGGGAAGAAGUCACACAAGGCGGUGGUACACAUCCAGGUGAAUGAUGUGAAUGAGUUCUCUCCAGUGUUCCGGGAGGCCCAGUACCAGGCGGCGGUGACAGAGGGGAAGAUCUAUGACAACAUCCUGCAGGUGGAGGCUACAGACCAGGACUGUUCUCCUCAGUACAGCCAGAUCUGUAACUACCAGAUCACCACCUCCAACACACCCUUCGCCAUCGACCGCAAUGGUAACAUCAGGAACACAGAGAAGCUGAGCUUUGAUAAGCAGCAACAGUAUGAGGUCCUGGUCACAGCCUUCGACUGUGGACAGAAGAGAUCCACAGAGAGCGUGGCGGUACACAUCGACGUUAAACCUGUCUGCAAACCUGGCUGGCAAGGCUGGAACAAAAGAGUGAACUAUGAGCCAGGCACAGGCAGCAAGCAGUUGUUUCCCAAGAUGCAUCUGGAGACGUGUGGAGGGCCUCUCUCCUCAGUGAGGACCAUGGUGGAGCUACAGACCAGCCAUAUUGGGAAGGGCUGCGACCGGGAGACCUACUCUGAGAAGUCUCUGCAGAAACUCUGUGGGGCCUCGUCGGGCAGCACAGACCUUCUCCCUGCUCCCAGCAUCUCCACCAAUUGGACUGCUUCCCUUGUGACAGACAGUGGGCGGGACAGCGACCUCAUCUUCCGGUUUGACGGGCGGCAAGCAGCAAAGAUUCCUGACCAGAUGGUACCACAGAACCUGACGGAUCAGUUCACAAUCGCCACGUGGAUGAAGCAUGGCCCCACUCCUGGACUGAGGGCGGAGAAAGAGACCCUGCUCUGCAACUCUGAUAAGACAGAGAUGAACAGACACCACUACUCCCUUUACGUCCAUAACUGUCGUCUGGUCUUCCUGCUCCGGAGAGACUUCACCCAGGUGGACACCUUCAGACCUGCAGAGUUCCACUGGAAACUGGAGCAGGUAGGCUACACAAUGGCCUGGACCAACAACUCCAUCUAG